AUGUGUGGUCAUCCGUAUCUGAUUACGCGUACUCAGGAUCUCUACAACAACGCUAUCUCACACAAUAUCAUGCUCUACCAUCUCACUCGCUUGGCGAUUUCUGCAUGUAUUCUGGACUUCAGCUCACGAGACCUGUCCGCACCAGAACCAGAGCGCACACGUUUCAUUCUCUCAGCAUUUAUCAACUUCGUUAAGUUCGCGGAGCAAUGUACCCCAUUUAUUAGCAACGUUCAAGAAAAUUCUGUAUGGGUUAUAGAAGAGCGCGAGCAAGCUAUCCAGGAACUCUCAGAAGUCCAGCACAAUGUCGCAGUGCUCAACUCAAGGAAGAAAACUACCCAACUUCUUGCAGCACAGGAGGUUUACAUUGGACUCGCCAAAGACAUUGAAAACCUAAAGAUUGAAAGGGCGCAUCUCCAAGCUCGAAACGAAACCAUCAACUCGGAGUCCGCUCUCCUUAUGGACAACAAUUUUCAUACUCGAUCGCGCAUUGUGCAAUCUCCAGAGCGUAUUAGGCGCAAUAUCAUGACUAUGGGGACCACAGCUAUUGAAGACAAAAAGGCGGUUGCAUUGCACAAAGCAAAGGCACGAGAUCUGCGGGCAAAAUUUUCGGCGCUCGUGACUAUCGAAAAGGAUGUCCGGUCAUGUAUCGAGCAGCUGCAGACGACGGAGAGGGAGGUGCAGCUCCUCGAAGGAUCACAGAAGGAGCUCGCAGAACUCAAAGACAGUCUUGAGAAUAAGACAGUCGAGUGCGGCGAGCUGCAGAAGAAAACUGAGGUAGGUCAUGAUAUAUUCCCGAGUAUACAAGCAACUUGGGCGCAGAGACAUGCAGAGGAAAAGCGACAAGCCAGUCAACAGACUGUUGAGCGCCUCCAGCGAGAUUACGAGAAGAUGGACAUUGAGCGACGAGAGAACGACAAGCAGGUGGAGGAACUCCGGAUGGAAGCGGGCGACAUAGAAACAAAGACGGCAGAGCAUCUUAAGAACAGUGAAGCAGAGCUCAACGAGCUACUCACGGAAUAUUGGAAGCUCCGUCACGAGACGGAGGUAUACAUGAAAACACUCGCGAACAAAUUAAACAUGAAUGUAUCUUCGGACUGA